UCCAGUUCCAGCUGGCUCAGAUGGCAACCCGGUUAGUGGCUGCCCGUCUGAUGGUGCGCAACGCUGCCCAAGCUCUGCAGAAACAGCGGCACGAUGCGGUAGCUUUGUGUUCCAUGGCCAAGCUCUUUGCCACCGAUGAGUGCUUUGCAAUCUGCAAUCAAGCUCUGCAGAUGCACGGCGGAUACGGCUACUUGAAGGAUUACGCUGUGCAACAGUUUAUGCGGGACAUCAGGGUCCACCAGAUUUUGGAAGGAACCAAUGAAAUCAUGAAGAUGAUCAUAGCCAGGACUCUGUUACAGGCGUGAGCGUCCCAAACUGGUCAUCGGCCUCAGCAUGAUAGCAGCUGCUUUGGGGACACCCGGCUGGGAAGAGGAGAAGGCGAUGUGUUUUUCUCAGCUGUCUCCCUGGCCUAAACCCCAGAUUUUGUGACGGGCACAGCCUGGCAGAGCCGGGGAAGCAUGACCAGGGGCAGGAUGGGUCUCAAUAGAGCCUUUUGUCCACAAAGUGCCAGUGCUGACCAUCUGCUUCUCAGCGGCCAGUUGAAAUUCUCCACGUGGGAGUUCUGCAUCAGCCUUCAUCCUGCAUCUCCUGGGAAGAAUCGGAUCCCUUCUGGAUUUAGCUUAAGCUGCGGAAUCUGCUUAUUUUCUUCUUAAAAACAUACUUCUCUGCAGAAAAGGGAGUUGUUCCCCAAAGGAGAUUUAAAAAAUCAUAUAUUUUUUUCAGUCUUUAACACGGAGAGAUGAUCUUGCCAUGCUCUUAGUGAGUCGAUGGUAGGAACCUGAUUUUUCUACUUUUUUGCUUACUAGUUGGCCACGGAAAAGCCAACAGUGACGUGCUUCCCUAAAAGCCCCCAGCCCAAACAAACUUGUUUGUUUAUUCGCAUCCGAAGCAUCACAAUGAAAAUAAGGCGCACUACACCACCUGCAAUUUAAAAUGUAAAAUUACAAGAUUUUUUUUUAACUCUGUACAAGUUAAAACGAAUCUUGCCCAGAAUGAACUCAAAAAAACCCCACUGAUUAUUUCCUUCCGAAUGUUGGAAUCAAUAAAUGUCUCGUGAUUUCUGUC